AUGCAUAGUCGUAAGGACCAGGCGGACAAUAAGGGCUCGUUUCUACAAGGGCGAACAAAUAAGCUAAAAAAUACUGCCUCCUUUUCCUCAUUACGCAAACCUUUUUUUGGGUUUGGACAAUCAUCUUCAUCAACACCAUCUGGUUCAUCCAUUUCAGAGCAAGUCUCGUCUGCAAGCUUAUAUAGCACCGCAUCUGCAACCAGUGACUUGCAGCGCCCACAAAGCAUCUUACACAUGAACUCUGAGUUUGAAGUAAUGAUGGACGAUCGCAGAAUACCAGAAGAUCAAAGACACCAGUUACGGAAUCUACCAUUGAAAAGUAGAGAAUUUCUGCUUACAAAUUGGCGCAAGUUGGUUGGAUUAUCAAAUACACCUUCUAGAUCAAGUUCGAUUCCAGCCACAUCAUCCAGUAUCUCAGCAGCACGAUCUAGUAAUCAUAGUGCCACAAGCAGUGUUCUUCAACCAUCAGAUCAAUCCACUUCAUCAAAUCUGCAAAAUAAUAAUACCCAGAAAUCAUCUGCUACAUCUACCAGUCAAAAGCAGAUUUCACUGCUAUUUAAUGAUAUAUUGGAUGCCCUUAAUUACAAUGGUGCUCGACGACUGAGUAUGCUGGCUUUGAGUGACUCGAAAAAACUCCACUUUAUUCGACAAUACCAUCGCAGACAGGAACUUGAACAAGAGCAAUCUCGCAAAAAUAAGUUUUUGCCCAAAAUCAUUGCUCGAAAAACCUCGCUGUUGUUUUCUUCUCCUACUAUGCGUCCAGUAGAAUGCUUAAAUGAUACAGAGCUGGAGAGUGUUUUUGCUCAAAAUGAAAUGGGUUUGCAAGGAUCUGCACGAACAAAUCUUGCUUUUAAAUCAAACUCAUAUAAACGUGAAAUCAUUGCAAAAUACCAGAUGCAACAACAAUUACAAAUCGGUGUUGGCUCUGAUUUUAAUCAACAGCACACUCCAGCCUCAUUUCCAAUAUCAGAUCCAGUAAAUCUAUCAUUUAAAAACAAGCUACGAUCAACCACACGUUCUACGCAGUCUGACACAAAGUCUGGUUUAGUAGAAGGCCGCGCUACCGCUCUACCAGCACCCCAAGUCUCACAAGCAACACCUUUAUCCACUUUACAAAGUCAAUACUUGCCUUUUAAAAAACACGCCUCGUUUGAAAAACCACUGCCUAUUCCGUUUGAAAAACCGCUACCCAUUCCUUCAUCUCCAACGCUUGAUGUACGACUUACUAGGCAAAGUCGGGUUUCUUCUAAAGCAGCAAGUCCUACUGGAUCGUUGCUAAAUGCUAAUAGACAAUCUAAUCAAUUUACAGAAAACUCUGCAGAGUGGUUUGUGAUACAAAUCUCCAAUAGGAACGCUACAUUAAAGGCACUGUUUAGACUUUUGAGCUCGCUACGAGUGACUCUUUCUCUUGGCGGGAGUUCAUUUAACGAUAAGUUUUUGUUAUGUCGCAUCACACUAGACAACUCUAAUAUAAUUGGCGGUGUUGAAUCGUUGGAAAUUGCCAUGGACCGAAUCACUGAAAUACUAUCUCCAACAUUGCGGCAAAGUUUCAAUACAAUUUUAUUUCAGCAGCGUCUUGACUCUAAUGUAGGAGUCAAAGUAAGAUCUGGAUUCACUCAAUCUAUUUAUGCGGAUGCCGUGCUGGGAGACGAACUGCGACAUGAAGUUGUUCAAUGUAUUCGAUUGUUGUUAAAUAGCAAAGUAGGAGUUGGCGCAUUAGUGAAUUCUAUGGCUCUUUUGCGCCAGACGGUGUGGUGUUUAGCACUUCCUUCGCCAGAGUUACGAGAUGGUGUUUUGAAUAACUUUCAACAGCGUCGUGCAUUUUUAGCCUUGCGAUCACUAGUCAGUGAGACUUUGGCUCCCUUGUGUUUACUUUCCGAUGUAGGCCGGAAACUAAUUUUGCAGGCUUUACUGGAGCUAAGUCAAAUACAAGAUGAGCCAGCUCCAUUUCAAAAUCUUAUACUGUCUAUCGAUAAUCCAUUUUGUUUUGGUGACAAAGCGGCCAAGAGAGAUAGUAAUGGGUUUGAAGAGCUAAUUGACGAGGUUGAGUUGUGGGACUACCGUACUAGCAUUGUUGUUCUCAUUAAUUCACUGGUCUCUGCUGCCGAGCAGCCCACUGAGCGAUGGGGAGUGCGGAGAUUGGUAGAGUCUCGCGGCGUCCGAAGUAUUUUGCAGACUCUUUUGAAUUUGCGUGGCUGUACCGCUACUUUUAGAGUUCAAGUGGAUGCAUAUGAACAAGAUCGAAAAGCUGAUAUUGAAGAAAUAGAAAAAAUAUACAAAGACUGUACUAGAACAUUUAGCAAUCCGCAAGAUACCCUCAGUAAUCUACUCAAAUCUGCUCAAUCUCUUCCUGACCCGGAACGUUCAACAUACCUAGUUAUGGCUACAUUAGACAACUUUUCGCAAAUUUUAAACUCGCUCAAACCAAUAGAUGAUUCUGAAACUCAGAUAAAUUCUUCUGCACGAAAGCAAGGUUUCAUUUACGGUGAUGGCAUGGAUCGACGUGGAUCACAUAACUCAAAUAUAGAUCAAGACUUACAUACAAGAGAAAAGUCAUCUUAUGCUUUAACUGCUUUGGAAAAAUCCACGAGAGCAAUGGCAGGCUCUGUUUUAAAUUGGCGCUCUCCUCAAAACUCUUUUUCAGAACCUAUUGCACCUGAAAUGCAAGCUCGAAGAUGUUUUGAGCUGUUAAACAAUGAUGUCAUCCGUGUGUUUGAAGAUCUUUCAAACCCAUAUCCGCGCAAAGCAACUCCCCAUUCCACGACAGAUGAGGAAGAACUGCGUGUAUUGGGAAACACAAAUCUUACUGGUGUUAUUCAAGAACUCAAUAGUUUGAAAAAGCAGCUACGGGAAACACUUUCACUGCUAGAUAUUCAAAAAAAGCAAAAUAUUUUUUUGAAGCGCUCACUAGAACGAGCAAAAGCAACUCCGACUGGCAAUGCUGAUUUUGAACUUGGUUUUGAGGAUUCACUUUCACAAACUGAUUCGCAAAAUAAAGCAUCGGGGAGUAUUGAAAGAGCUUUUUUAACAAGAAAUUCAAAAGCUGGCCAAGAAGAAUUCAUCAAUAAUCAGUUUAUAUCGCCAACUGAUGCUUCAAGUCAUAGUAGAUUAGCAAAAGAAAGAUCUUGGACACUCAAGGCGUCUAAAAAUGAGGGACCCUUUUUAAAACGCACCACUUCACACAGUCUCCAGUUUCAACAACAUGAUCCGUCAGUUGAUACGAAUGAUUUAAAGUUUAGCGAGAAAGAUUCAGCAGCGCUUCAUCCUCCAGUUAUUCGUAUAGAUUCAGAGGCUGACUUGCAAGAUAUUGUUUUGGAAAAAGGUCAAACUCACUUCGAGUAUUCUGGAAAACAUAUUGUGCUUGGCCCAAGUGGUACGAUUAUUCAGUCACGUCGUUUUAAACCAUUUUUAGACGAGACACGCUUUAAAAAGGUGUCAGUAGAUGGCGUUGUAGGUGAUGCGAAUCGGUCAUCUGAGGGCAAUUCUGAGAUAUAUGAUUAUUCAUCUACUGAAACUACUGAAGCUCGUGAGCUUAUUGGAAUGAUUCGGGCUCAGCAACAACUGGAAUCUCAAUAUCAAACCAAUCAAGACACAUCUUCGGCAUCUGAUAUUCGUGUACAACAUACUUGGAAUCGUCUUGGUAAAACAGCUGGAGUUGGUAAAUUAUGGGAAGAGAUUCAGCGUCUUGAAAGACAAGUUGAUGAGCUUCGUGGUGUGAAUGAGAAAUUGGAGAUUGAAACACAGUCGUCGAUUGGUCAUCAACAGCUUAAACAAAAAAGUCUUGCUGAAAGUACCGAAACAUCCAAUGAUGCUAUAGAUAAAGACGAUUCUAGUUCAAGUAGCGUCAACCAACUCACAUCUACUGCUACCUAUUCAAAUACUGAUCAAGAUUUAGAAGAUCAAACUCUCGUAAUCAAUGCUACACCACCACCACCUCCUCCUCCACCCCCUCCAUUAUCUGGACCUCCACCGCCACCGCCCCCUCCACUAUCUGGGCCUCCACCGCCACCAUCUGGACUAGCUCCACCCCAGCAAAAUCUCUUAAUUUUGCAAGCAAAGAACCCCAUGAAGCAUUUGCAAUGGGACAAGAUUGCCAACCAUAUUGCAGUUCAGUCCAUUUGGAAGGAUCUUUUCACAGAAACUUAUAGUAAAGAUAUAGAUCUUGAGGAGGACGAACUAUUAGAAUUGUUUUCAAAAAUAGAUGAAGCCAAGACAGUACAGUCAUCAAAGCCUCUUGAAGCUAAAAAGGUCAUUACACUUUUGGAUCACAAACGCGCUCAGGAUAUAGCCAUCACUCUCAAGGGACUGCGACUUCCUUUUGCAUCCAUCAGCUUGGCUAUUAAGACUAUUGAUGAUGAUGCUCUGUCAAUCGAUCAGCUUUCUAAGCUUUGUAAAUAUGCUCCAAAAGAGGACGAGUUGGAUAUUUUAAAAUCUUAUGAAGGUGAUCUUAGCGAGCUUGGUGAUGCAGAAACUUAUUUUAUAGCGUUGAUGGACAUACCACGUAUCGAGAUGCGCAUGAAUAGUAUGAUAUUUAGGCGUCGAUUUAACGACGAAAUUGAUGAAAUCACAACAGAUUGCUCCACGCUGUUGUUGGCAUGUGAUCAAAUUCUCAAAUCAAACUUGCUUCGGGAAUUGCUUCAGGCCGUACUGAUUAUUGGAAAUUAUCUUAACGGAACAUCCUUUCGAGGAAAUGCGCGUGGCUUCCGACUUGAGUCACUCAUGACGCUGAGAGAUACAAAGGCAAAUAAUGGAAAGGCAGUAGGCACAUUGUUGCAUUACCUGGCUCAAUAUCUCCAAAAAAACCAGCAACAUGUUUUAGAGUAUAUGUCAGAUAUGCCAUCUGUUGAAGCUGCCUCGCGUGUUUCUUUCAACUCGCUCGAAGACUCUAUUCGACAACUGCGCAGCGGAUGGCAGUCUAUACAAUUAGAGCUUGAAACAUACAAGUCACAAGGAUUUCCAAAAGAUACUCAGGAUAGGUUUCUUGAUUGCUUUGACACAUUUUUGUCUAAAACCAAGACACCAUUGGAUACUGCAGAAGAAACAGUCAAGGAGCUGCGUAUAAAACUUGAUCAAGUUUUUCAUUAUUUUGCAGAAGAUGUGUCAGAUCGCAUGAGAUCUCCUGAAAAGUUUUUUGAUAUUUUCCCCACGUUUUCGCGGAAUCUUCAACGAGCACUCAGGGAAUACAAUGCAACCUGUAGGUCGAUUGCAAACAAAAAAAAACUUUUUAUCAAGGCAGAGGCACAAAAGGCAAUCAUUGCACGCAAGCGAUCAAGUCAAGCUAGUUUCAAAAACUUGGCACCGACAAACUAUGCCAAAAGCACUCCACUGACUUUGCAAACUGGCAUGGCAAACACUUUCCUGAUGCCUGAUUCUGCUGAAAUGACCGCUUCUGCGCGGUUUACAAUGGAGAAUGGACCAAGAAGUACAUUUAUGACGGCAGUGCCACCACCAGUAGACGGAAUGAGCAACCUUCGAUCUAUUGAUGGCCCAGAUACUUUAGUUAAAGGGUUUUUUGGGUUUAAUAACAAGGACAAUGAGUUGAGUGUGAGAGCAGAUUCAUUGGACGAGUUUGCCGACAAUCUUUUAAAACAGGCAGCAUUGGAGGAGAUGCAAGAGCGUAUGCAGGAUAUACACGAUACGGCACAUAGUAGUCUUGAUCUGGAUGAUGCGGAUUUAUUACCAGUUCAACACUCGGACAGUUUUGAAGAAGAGAGCUUACCUGUGAUCAUUGAUGAUUCCAACUACUCUUCACCAAGAAUAUCGACAUUCGAAAAUUUGCUAGGCAUACCGCAUGAAAGUAGUUUUCAUUCGAUUGCAAGCGAUGAGGCCAGUAUAAGCGAGAUAUAUAGUAGUUUACAGCAAGAUGAUAUGGACUCAGAUACACUUGAAGAAUCUGGUGAAGGGAGCAUAGCAGUAUCUUCAUUGCUGCUACACGGUGGAUCUAUGGCGAAUGCCAGAAACACAAUCAAGCGCGUAAAGAAACAUCUUUCGUCCAGCACCGUAUAUCACAUUGAUGAAUCCAUGCCGACUCAAUUAGAAGUUGAGUCUGAUACUGGAUUUACUGCUCUGUAA